AUGCCGUCUCCAUUCUUGACGCCGAGCGCUACGGCGGACGCAGACAGUCUGGCCCUCUUACAGCUGCGUCGCGACCAGAUAAUUCCGGCCAUCCUCCGUACAUAUGACGACGAGAACCAAGGCUAUCUGGAAGGAAAAGUGGCCAACACUCGAUUCGGAUCAUUCCCACACAGCACUCUGAUCGGCAAACCCUGGGGCUCACAAAUCGUCGCAUCCAAAGUCGAUACAGGCUCCCGCGGCCGCAGAAACACCUCGAAGCGCAAGGCCGAUGAACUUGACGGAUCAGCCGCAACAACACCCGCAGAAGAUGAAAAGCCCGAAUUGAAAACCGCCGUCGCCGCCACCAGUGGUUUCCUACACAUUCUGGCCCCAACCCCCGAAGCCUGGACCCUAUCUCUCCCCCACCGCACCCAGGUCGUCUACACACCCGACUACAGCUAUAUCCUCCACCGACUGCGCGCACGACCAGGAAGCACAGUCAUAGAAGCCGGAGCCGGCAGUGGCUCUUUCACACACGCGGCCGUUCGCGCCGUAUUCAAUGGCUACCCAGAAACCGCCCAAGCGACAAAACGCCGCUGUCUAGGAAAAGUGUGCAGUUUCGAGUUCCACGAGCAGCGCGUCGGAAAGGUACAGGCAGAACUCAAGGACCACGGGCUCGAUGGGCUUGUGGAGGUUACGCAUCGCGACGUCUACGAAGAUGGUUUCCUACUCGGUGAUCCCAAGACCGGCCAAUCACCCAAGGCCAAUGCCAUCUUCCUGGAUCUGCCUGCGCCCUGGCUAGCACUGAAGCAUCUCACGCGCAACCCUCCCUCCGGCGAGUCAGCGCUGGACCCAUUAUCGCCGAUCUAUAUAUGCACUUUCUCGCCUUGUCUCGAACAGGCCGAGCGCACGAUCCGUACUAUGCGCCAGUUAUCAUGGCUGAAUAUUUCCAUGGUGGAGGUUGCUCAGCGUCGGAUUGAUGUGCGGCGGGACCGAGUCGGUUUAGAUACUGAGGGUGUGCGUGGUGCAACACUGUACCCGAAGACUGUCGAGGAGGCGGUUGUCAAGCUGCGCAGCGAUGAACAGCGCGCCAAGCGAAUCCGUGAACACCGGGCAAACAGGGAGAACCCCGAUUACCAGCCCAUUGUGGAGAAUGCGCCGGCUUACAAGGACGCAGCUUCUGAUGCGCCUUCAUAUGCUCUUGGUCGCUUGACGCAUCGCACAGAGCCGGAUCUCAAGACUCAUACUUCAUACUUGGUUUUUGCUAUCUUGCCCCGCGAUUGGUCUGAAGAGGAUGAGCAGCGAUGCAGACAGCAGUGGCCCUCUGAGAAGAUUGCUAAGCCCGAUGAUAACCCGACUAAGAGCAAGAAGCAGAUGAAAAAGGAGGCUGCGUUGGAGCGGAUACGCCUUCGGGAGGAGAAGAAGCAACAGGAGCUGGAGGCUCAGACUGAGGAGACGACUGAGGCAGAGGCUAAAACUGAUGCACAGCCUGAGGAGAUGACCGACGCAUGA